CGACAACUAGUGGACAAAAUUUGAGUUAAAACCUAAAACGGCAGCGUCGUGCACUGACCCUUCGCUCAGAUCCAAGCAGCCUAACCUAAACACAACUGUUGGCCUGGCUGCCUGGUCAAACUCAGUUCGAUCCAAGGCGAGUUUUGGGAACACAGAAGCCAAAGUGAUGGGCAUGAGCUUGGAAGGACAAAAGGUGAUAAUGGUACCAUACAUGGAAGCGCAUGUCCCAAAGUACCACGUCUGGAUGCAGGACCCUGCUCUCCUUCAAGCCACCGGAUCAGAGCACCUCUCCCUCCAAGAGGAAUACGAUAUGCAGCUCUCUUGGAACCAAGACCCUCUCAAGAAAACGUUCAUUGUUUUGGAUAAGGAGAUGGUUGAGGGAAAGUUUGUUCAUGGGGAUCCCCAUGUGGAAGCCAUGGUUGGAGACGUGAAUAUCUACAUGAAUGAUUUGGAUGACCCCCAACUGGCAGAGAUUGAAAUUAUGAUAGCUGAACCAAAAAGCCGCGGUAAGGGCCUUGGGAAAGAAUCUGUCUUGAUGAUGAUGGCUUAUGCAGUUCAGAACUUUGGAAUCCAUGUCUUCCGUGCUAAAAUUGGAGAAUCAAAUGGGUCAUCUCUUAGCAUGUUUCGGAAAUUGGGCUUUGAGGAGGCUUCUCAUAGCGAAAUCUUCAAGGAGGUAACAUUGGAGUUGGCAGUGACAGAGCAAAAGCGAGAGGAGCUUUCGCUGUUGUUUGGUGGUGUGGUUACACAUACAUAGCCCAGAAGAGGUUGUAUUUUAUUUUCCCCCCUAACUUAUUUACAAAAGGAAACACUUCCAUUGGAAUUAUUUGCAAUCAUGCCGAGAAGCUGAAGUUGGUUGGAGUUGGAGGUAGGCUAUACUUGUAUUUAUCUUGUAAAAACUCCUCUUGAGUUGAGUACUUCCAAAGAGGCUAGCUGGAGUGUUAGGAUAGUGCUUGAAAUGCCACUCUUUAAGUUUGAUGAAGGAGCUGUUUUGCUAUUUCCUUCAUGCUUUUGUUAGAGGAUCUAAGACAUAUUUUGACAA